CGCGACGGAAGACACGCGCUCACGCAUCAGUAUGCCCUGAAUUUGUCGAAGGAGGUGGGAGCACCUGCUGCUACUACGAGCACGCCGAGGAAGCACGCGAUAUAUUAGUCUCCGUCGGACGUAUCGGCGCACUGCAGCGGUAUUUCCGAACGUCGCCCGGACUUCGCGAUCGACGACGAAUCGGCCGACGGCUAUCCACAUGGCGGGACACACGGUCCUCUUAUUCCUGCUGCUGUCCGGCUGGCUGUUCGUCAUCGGGCAAGCACGAACAGUCUCGCGCGGCGACGAACGCGGUGUCCUUCCCGCUGACCAGGACUCGACAACCAGGAGCAAGAAAAAACCGUUCACAUUGGAGGAAAUUUAUCUGAACCUCUACGGACAGUUUGGCUUCAAUGGCACGUGGAUCUCCGAUAAUGAGAUCAUGGUCGAGAAUCUGCUCUUCGGCUAUAUCACCAAGUACAACGUGGUGACUGGCAAGAAGACGACGAUAUUCGACGGAAAGAUUCUACCGCCGGAAUACAAGUUCGCCCCGGCAAGCUUCUCGGCCGACAAAGAGCAUGUGUUCUUCACUUACAACAUCAAGUAUGUAUUCAGGCACUCGAAGUACAUGAAUCUCGUGGUGCACGACGUGAAACGGGGCUCGUUCAAGAAGGUCGCGAACGAAGCCCGUAUCUCAUUGGCAACAUGGCUGCCGAUCGGCAGCGAGUUGGUCUACGUCCGCGCUAACGAUAUCCAUCACAUGGUCUUCAAGGACGGCAAGAGCACAGUGCGGAGAUUGACGCGCAGCGGCAAGUCCGGAGUCGUGUUCAACGGGAUUGCCGACUGGGUGUACGAAGAGGAAGUGUUCUCCUCGUCGUCCGCAAUAUGGUAUUCCCCGGACGGGCGGUAUCUAGCCUUCGCGACCUUCAACGACACUCUGGUGAGGGAUAUGGAGUACACUUAUUACGGCGCGCCCGGCUCUCUCAAGGACCAAUAUCCCACGCAAGUGCGGAUCAAGUAUCCCAAGGUGGGCACACCGAAUCCGGUGGUGUCCUUGUCGCUGAUCGACCUGGCCGAUCGAUCGUCGACGGCGGUCGCGUUAAAAGCGCCCAUCGACGUGGUCGGCAGCGAUCACGUGCUGUUCACCGUCAGCUGGUGGGAUCCGAAGCAUGUACUCGCGACGUGGACGAACCGCGUGCAGAAUCAGUCCCAGCUAGUCAUGUACGACACGCAGGGCGCCGCUAAACCUGUCUGGUACGACGAAGAGAGGCGAGGCUGGCUCCAACCGAACAGCCCCAUGAGGGUCGGCCAGCACGCGCUGCUCUUACAUCGGGAGGAUUCCGGCAGCAGCGCCGGUAAAUUCCAACACAUAGUGAGAUACGCGUACGACGGCAGCCGGUUUACCUCGCCGGUGGACCUCACGCCCGGCUCUUCCGAGGUGCAGGCAAUCCUGACCGUUGACGCGCGCAGAGGCAGGGUUUAUUACCUCGCCACGGCGCCGGGCGAGCCGAGCCAGAGGAAUUUGUAUUCGGUGGCCCUGGACGCGAGCCAGAAUCCGACUUGCAUAUCCUGCGAGCAGCUUACGCCGGAAGGGAACAAAUGCGCCUACGCGACCGCGUCUUUUUCAAGCCGGAUGUCGCAUUACGCCCUCAUCUGUCUCGGUCCCGACCCGCUCACGGUCACCAUACACGACACGGAGGACAAUCGGCAGAUCAUGACGUGGCAGGGUAACAAUUUGAUCAGGAGCAUGCUGUCGCUGCGACUGAUGCCGCUGCAGAAGAACUUCAACGUCACCGUCAACGGCUACGAUUGCAGGGUCAGGUUGUUCCUGCCGCCGGACUUUGACGAGACACAGUCCUAUCCCAUGCUGGUAUACGUCUACGGCGGCCCGGACACCAUCAGGAUCACGGAUGCAGCUAGGUACGGCUACGAGUAUUACAUGACGACCAACCAGCGCGUCAUCUGCGCGUGGAUCGACGGCCGAGGAUCAGCCUUCAAGGGCAGUAAGAUGCUCUUCGAGAUAUACAGGCAUAUAGGGAUCGUGGAGGUUGAAGAUACCAUCGAGGUUACCAAGAUACUGCAAGAACGCUACAAAUGGAUCGACCCGCAGAGGACCGGCAUAUGGGGCUGGAGCUACGGCGGCUUCACCAGCGGCAUGGUGCUCGCGACGGACGCGGAGUCCGUAUUCAAGUGUGGCAUCUCCGUCGCGCCCGUAUCCUCCUGGAUCUAUUACGACUCCAUUUACACGGAGCGAUACAUGGGCUUGCCGAGCGAAAACGACAACUUGGCCGGCUACAACGACACGGACAUCUCGCGACGAGUGGAAGGAAUACGCGGGAAGAAGUACAUGCUGAUACACGGCACCGCGGACGACAACGUACACUAUCAGCAGUCGAUGGCGCUCGCCAAGGCGCUGGAAUAUCAGGAUAUCCUGUUUAACCAAGUCACAUACCCCGACGAGAUACACGGUCUCUUCCGCGUGACGCCCCACCUUUAUCACACGAUGGACAAAUUUUGGAGCGAGUGCUUCGACCUGGACCACACCUUCUUACUUUAACGGCCGAGUCGCCAUGGGCGAGAAGACGGGGCCAUUCCGUCGGACGAUCCUUCGGCGACGUCUAACAUCGCGGAACAAUGGAUGCACUACGUGUCGGCGUAAUCUUUGAUGAGGAUAGGUCCUAAUGCGAUCGCAUAGAGAUCCACGAAAGAUCCAUCCAAGACACGAAGUGUCAUUUUUCAGCCCUCUAUAUGCGCGUGUAUUGUCAAAUUUAUUUUCGCAUCGGUCUCUCGUCGAUCUCGACGGCUUCAGCUUCCGACGAAGAGCCCGCGUGGAAGCCCGCGACCAGAGUCAAAGUUCCUCUUACCCCUUAUAGUGCCAAACACGACCGACGUCGGCUCGCCGAUGGACCGGUCGAUCGAUUUAGCGAAUGUUAACUCGCCCGUCACUCGCGACGCGCGUCAGACCGAACCGACUCGGGCAACUGGACGAAAUUAUGGCGGCGAGUCCGCUGCGAGUAUCCUGCUUCGACAUGCUCGCGUUGGUGAUCGGUGAGUCGGUCUGCACGCGGACGAACGUGCACGCGAUGAGGAUGACUCAGUCGACUUAAGUGCAACGACAGUAACAAUUCGACGAAUACCGCCGAAACGAGCGACGAAACUUUGUGUGACGAAAUAAUAAAUCUAUUCAUUGGCAUGUA